GUGGCGUCGCUCGCUGCUGAGGGCCUUCGCUCUCCCCUUCUUCCCCCCCGCCUCCCCUUCUCUCUGUCUCGUUUUCCGUCCUCCGCCGCUGGUUUCCGCCCUCGCCGCGCCGCCGCCAGUCUCUGCCCUCCGCCGCGCCGCCGCCGCCGUCGCCCCAGAUCGGCUUCUCUGCCGCCCCCUCCGCCCGCCCAUCCAUGACUAUGAUGACUCCUCCCCCUGUCGAUCAGGAGGACGAUGAGAUGCUUGUCCCUCACCCGGAGUUUGCUGACGGUCCUCAGCCAAUGGAAGUAGCUCCAACCGAAACUGCUACUACUGCCGAGAAUCAGCAAGUGGAGGACCCUCCAUCGUCCAGGUUCACUUGGACGAUCGAGAAUUUCACUAGGCUGAACACCAAGAAGCACUACUCUGACACCUUUAUCGUGGGGAGCUACAAAUGGCGGGUGCUGAUUUUCCCUAAGGGAAACAAUGUAGACCAUUUGUCUAUGUACCUGGAUGUUGCGGAUUCAGCAACCCUGCCAUAUGGAUGGAGCAGAUAUGCACAGUUCAGCCUGGCUGUGAUCAAUCAAAUUCACAACAAGUAUACAAUAAGAAAAGACACCCAACACCAAUUUAAUGCCCGGGAAAGUGAUUGGGGCUUCACAUCUUUCAUGCCUCUAAGUGAACUUUACGACCCAACUAGAGGAUAUCUCGUGAAUGAUACGCUUGUUGUGGAAGCCGAGGUUGCAGUUCGCAGGGUGGUUGAUUACUGGACUUAUGACUCCAAAAAAGAAACAGGUUGUGUUGGUCUCAAGAAUCAAGGAGCUACUUGUUACAUGAAUUCUCUUCUCCAAACUUUGUACCAUAUUCCGUACUUUAGAAAGGCUGUGUACCAUAUGCCUACAACUGAAAAUGAUAUGCCGUCAGGAAGCAUUCCUUUGGCUCUGCAGAGUCUGUUUUAUAAGCUUCAAUACAGUGACAGCAGCGUUGCUACAAAAGAGCUGACCAAGUCGUUUGGAUGGGAUACAUAUGAUUCUUUCAUGCAGCAUGAUGUGCAAGAACUCAAUAGGGUUCUUUGUGAGAAAUUAGAAGAUAAAAUGAAGGGAACUGUUGUGGAGGGCACAAUACAACAGUUAUUUGAAGGGCACCAUAUGAAUUAUAUUGAAUGCAUUAAUGUUGACUACAAAUCUAGCAGGAAGGAGUCUUUUUAUGAUCUUCAGCUUGAUGUCAAAGGUUGUCAGGAUGUUUAUGCUUCUUUUGAUAAAUAUGUAGAAGUUGAGCGUCUUGAAGGAGAUAAUAAGUAUCAUGCCGAACAAUAUGGUUUACAGGAUGCUAAGAAAGGUGUUCUUUUCAUCGAUUUUCCCCCUGUUUUGCAACUUCAGCUGAAACGCUUUGAAUAUGAUUUCAUGCGAGACACCAUGGUCAAGAUAAAUGACCGAUAUGAGUUUCCACUGCAACUAGACCUUGAUAGGGAUAAUGGCAAAUAUCUUUCUCCAGAAGCGGACAGAAGUGUCCGCAAUCUUUAUACUCUGCACAGCGUACUCGUUCAUAGUGGUGGGGUGCAUGGUGGCCAUUAUUAUGCUUUUAUUCGACCAACUCUUUCUGAUCAUUGGUUUAAGUUUGAUGAUGAGCGGGUUACAAAAGAAGAUAUGAAGAGGGCACUAGAGGAGCAAUAUGGUGGUGAGGAAGAGUUGCCACAGACAAAUCCUGGCUUCAAUAACGCUCCAUUUAAAUUUACAAAGUAUUCAAAUGCAUACAUGCUUGUUUACAUUCGUGAGAGUGACAAGGAGAAAAUAAUAUGUAAUGUAGAUGAGAAAGACAUUGCUGAACACCUCAGAAUAAGAUUGAAGAAAGAACAAGAAGAGAAAGAACACAAGAAGAAGGAAAAGGCUGAGGCUCACCUUUAUACCAUCAUAAAGGUUGCUCGUGAUGAAGAUUUAGCUGAACAGAUAGGAAGGGAUAUAUAUUUUGACCUGGUGGACCAUGAUAAAGCUCGCAGCUUUCGUAUUCAGAAACAAAUGCCUUUCAAUGCUUUCAAGGAGGAGGUGGCGAAAGAAUUUGGUAUCCCAGUUCAAUUUCAGCGUUUUUGGUUGUGGGCUAAGCGGCAGAACCAUACCUACCGUCCCAACAGGCCAUUGAAUCCUCAAGAAGAAGCACAAUCUGUUGGACAGUUGAGGGACGUAUCCAACAAGGCACAUAAUGCAGAACUUAAGCUGUUUUUGGAAGUUGAGCUUGGACUGGAUUUACAUCCUCUUUCUCCGCCUGACAAGACCAAAGAAGAUAUACUACUUUUUUUCAAGCUUUAUGACCCUGAGAAAGAACAGCUUCGGUAUGUAGGGAGACUAUUUGUGAAGGCUUUAGGAAAGCCAUCAGAAAUACUGACAAAAUUGAAUGAACUGGCUGGUUAUUCACCAAAUCAAGAAAUUGAACUUUACGAGGAAAUAAAGUUUGAGCCAAGUGUUAUGUGUGAACAUAUCGACAAAAACCUUACUUUCCGUUCUAGCCAGCUUGAAGAUGGUGACAUCAUCUGUUACCAGAAAUCUCCGGUAGUAGAAAGUGAUGACCAAUUCCGCUAUCCUGAUGUUCCUUCUUUUCUUGAAUAUGUUCGUAAUCGGCAGGUUGUGCAUUUUCGGUCAUUAGAGAAGCCAAAGGAGGAGGAUUUUUGUUUGGAACUUAUUCUGAUUGGUGGUUUCCUUGUUCUGCCUUCAAGAUCAAAGCUUCAUACGUAUGAUGAUGUUGUAGAAAGAGUUGCUCGCCAUCUUGGUCUGGAUGAUCCAUCAAAAAUUCGGCUUACAUCUCAUAACUGUUACUCUCAGCAGCCUAAACCCCAACCCAUCAAGUAUCGGGGUGUAGAGCAUCUCGCAGACAUGCUGGUCCAUUAUAACCAGACUUCUGACAUAUUGUAUUAUGAAGUGCUGGACAUCCCUCUGCCGGAAUUGCAAGGCUUAAAAACUCUUAAAGUUGCAUUCCAUCAUGCCACAAAGGAUGAGGUUGUAAUUCAUAGUAUUAGACUACCAAAAAAUAGCACUGUGGCUGAUGUGAUUAAUGACCUGAAAACAAAGGUUGAACUGUCUCAUCCUAAUGCUGAACUCCGGUUGCUAGAGGUCUUUUAUCACAAGAUCUACAAGAUCUUUCCACCCAAUGAAAAGAUAGAAAAUAUAAAUGAUCAAUACUGGACGUUGCGUGCAGAGGAGGUCCCAGAGGAAGAGAAGAACCUUGGUCCACAUGAUCGCUUAAUUCAUGUUUACCACUUCAUGAAAGAUACCAGUCAGAAUCAGAUGGUCAAAAAUCACACCGAUUCAGCACUUCAGAAGGAAGAUCCAAGCUUAAAUAAGCAGGUUCAGAACUUUGGAGAGCCUUUCUUUUUGGUCAUUCAUGAAGGUGAAACUUUAGCUGAGGUUAAAGUACGGAUCCAGAAAAAACUUCAGGUCCCAGACGAGGAGUUCUCUAAGUGGAAGUUUGCAUUUUUGUCGAUGGGCCGCCCUGAAUACCUUCAGGAUUCAGAUAUUGUGUCUAGUCGUUUUCAGAGAAGAGAUGUCUAUGGAGCUUGGGAGCAGUACCUUGGAUUGGAGCACUCAGACACUGCUCCCAAAAGGGCUUAUGCAGCAAAUCAGAAUCGUCACACAUUUGAGAAGCCAGUGAAAAUCUACAAUUAGAAGUCAGCUAACCAGCCUCGGGCAUUUUUCCUGAACAUAUGCCAUUGCAUCUGUUCCUGCAAAUUGAAAACAGGAGGAUGAAAUGUUGAUCAUUAAUUACAGAGCACCGGCUGAGAACUGGGGUUGCAAGUUCCUGGCUUACUGAUUUUGUGGAUGUUGUAGUUCAUUUAGAUGCUUGUUCAUGGGGAAGUCUUUUGGACUGCAUGAUAGUGUUUUUAAUUGGUGAUACUGCCCACUUUGGUUUUUCGACCUGUUCUUUAAUCAUGGCCCCCACUAGGAUAGAGGUUGCCUUUAUUUCCAGUGUAAUUUAGUACGUAAAAAAGAUUUUGGAUUAGGGCCUGUAUACGGGGUAUAGUUGGUUCCGACUCUUCUGUUGUUCAUUCUUGCUUUUCCGGCCGUCUUGUUCUGCUUCUUUUUGUUAGGCAAAAUGGGGGUUGUAUAAUUUGGUGAUUGGUGUUUGUGUUUCAUGGCUUCCGAGUUUAUCAGGUAUUUUGUGCAAAAGAAAACCUUCUCCCCCUUGAAAUCAAAUGCUAGCCUGUACUGGCCGUUUAUCCUUAUUA